GUUGUUGCAUUGAAAAGCAUGUUAGUUGAAACAGUAACUUUACAGUUUGAACAACUUUCUCUGGGUUGACUUUUGUUGCCACUAUUUUUGUUUGUUAAUCAUUAUUUUGUAUUUAAAUAAUAAACAACAUUUGUGGAUUGUUGGUGAAACAGUGUUACAUUUGUGGUUCACCAAAAUCACCAUUUCUCAUCUAUUGACACCUUACUUACCUAGACUAGAUCAUCUUGAUAGAUCAAGAUGAUCGGUCAUUGGGAUAAAGUUGGAUAUUACAAAGGUUACUCUAAAGUGUUAAAUAAAUCAACCCUUUUUAACCAUCAACAUCUAUUUAAUCAUGAUACUCACAGUAAAUUGGAUUUGUACAGCAACAGUAUAACAACAACUUGUCAUCGUUUAAGUGGUCUUUUUGUAAAUAAUGUGUUAAAAGUGUUUUUCUGGUCCAUUUUGAUACCAAUCAUCUUUACCUCAUCAACGGUCCAAGCUAAAAAGGUUUUUCCAGGCAGUUUAAUCAAAGGACCAUGGUUUGAAGAGGAACCAAGAGAUGCUUAUAUUGUUAAUCAACCAAUUAGUCUUAAAUGUAGAGUCCAUGAUGUAUUAUCUGCCCAAUUCCAUUGUAAUCAUGGUCGUGAAGAGGAUAUCAGGAAACGUGAAACUAGCCAUGCUUAUUUUGACCCUGAAACUGGCCAGCGAAUUGUUGAAUUAACUCUCAAUGUGAGUAAAGGUGAUAUUGAUUAUUCAAGCAAUUCCCAACUUCAGGGAAACUUAUUAAGAGAUGAUUUAGAUUCCGAGAAAUCAAUCUAUAAAUGUUGGUGUUCAGCAUUCGGUGGUGCCCAAAGGGUAAACAUUGACAGUCGAAAAGCUUCUGUACAGUUUUCAUGUUUUGAUUGUGCCGAUGAUUCAGCUGAAAUACCAAAUUGUUACAAAUUUUGUGGUCCCAUUGAUGGUCGUUGGUCCCCCUGGUCAGCCUGGUCAACUUGUUCACAUGAUUGUCAGCAGGUUCGCCAUCGCACCUGUUCCAAUCCUCCGGCCAAAUAUGGUGGACAAGACUGCACUGGUCCUGAUUCUCAUAUUAGAAACUGUACGGGUGGAAUGUGCCAUGAAGACACAAUGAUGCAAUAUCCAAGAUCAAAUGCUUCCUAUCCUGAUGGGCGCAAGCCGGAAAUAUACAUUCUCUGUUUUGUGAUUGCCAUCUCGACUGCUCUCAUAUGUUUAGCUGUUUUCAUCUAUGUUUCUGUUAGCCAACGCAGGUACAAACAACCUGGAAGCAUGUUUGGUGAUGAUGGUGGCGGUGAGGAAGAUGGUCAGGCGAUGUUAUUGUUGAUACAGAAGCAGCAACAGCAACAGUUACAGUUACACCAACAGCAAUUUCAAACUCCGACACAUUCGCAAGUUCAAUCCUCUUCACCGUCUGGCUAUGUACAUGCAAAUGAUAGUGUUAACAUGUCCAACAGUCCAGAUGAAAAGAUGCAUUUAAUUAGUCACUUAAAUGCCUACAAGAACAAUAUUAUUGACCAUUUGGUUGUUCAUCCUGAUGCCCUUCGAUCAAACCGUCCAAACAUUGAGACAAUCAGCCUUAAUCAAACACCGAGCCACCAUUCACUUUCCAAUCAAAGUCAACACCAAGCAUUGUAUAUUCAACGGUCAUCCCCUUCACCGAGAAGCAGCAGUUAUGUCUCAAAAUCAUCAACACCUAGAAUCGGAGAAAUGCUGUCCAGGACUGAUUUGGAUACAACUGAAGAUGACAAUUAUGGAAGUGAAGCAGAUUAUGCUGAACCUUUCUUCUCCAAUUUUUCUCCUUUCAACACGCCAACCUCAUCGUCAAAGCCACCUCUUCCAUUAACUCGUCCUCCGUCCGCUCGGACCGAAGAUUAUCGGUCUGAUCAUAUGAAAAUACGUGCCAACAACGAUAUUCGUCCUCGCACAAACGAUCAAAAAUCAAAUCAAGUUAUUUUCUCUCGUGAUCCAUCAUCUCUCCGAUCAGCAACGUAAACUCAUCUAAUGCAUCUGAAACAAGACAAAAAGAGACUGUCAGACAAACAAAAGGUGUUCAGAGUCAAAAUUACUUCUUGUCAUGGAUUAUUAAGGAGAGAAUAGAUAUAAGAAACAAUGUUAAUACUAAUGAAAAUUAAACUUUUCCUAUUAACCUACGACUUAUGUAUCCUUUUUGCUAUCAAUUAUUAAUAAGUUCAAAACAAUUUACUAAUAAAAAAGUUACA